UAACAAUGUUACAAGAUUUGAAACGAGCACAUAUUGACCUGUUUUGAUGUACCUAAAAAAAAGAAGCUAAUUAUGUGAAUCUUUCCUGCCCCCAGGACCUGCUGACAAAGAGUGACUAAAUCCAUUCUGAGUCAGAAAAGAAGAAUCAUCUGUUUGGGAGCGUGUGUGAAUAAUUCUUUUGCCUUUUUGUCUUUGAAUGCAGCAAAAACAAAACACUCCAGAACCCACACACUGACUUCCAAGACAGACAUUUUAACUUAUUCCCAGAAAGUUUACCACUGCAUAUGUCUUUUGGGUUUAGUUGAAAUCAUGUACGGUGGAAUUAAGGUUACCCUCUGGGCGCUGACAGGUCUGCUGUCCAUCACCACCGUCUUCUUCAACGUUUACAUCCUGCUGAUGAGUCUGUGGAACUACAAGCAGAACAAGAAGUGGACUCCAAGUGAAACCAUCAUCCUGGCGCUUUCAAUCGCCAACAUCGCUCACCAGCUGAUCUGCUACUUCUGGAUGACCAUGGCUGAGGUGGACAGUAGCUGCCACAUCAUGCAGAUGCCCUACACCAUGAUGCUGCUGCUAGUCUACAGCCUCAAGUACACCAUCAUGUGGGACAGUAGCUUCCUCACCUUUUACUACAGCACCAAGCUGGUGAACACACCCAACCACUGCUACACAAACAUCCAGGGGGUUAUCCUCAAACAUGUAGCUUUAGUUGUGUUUCUCAUCCCUCUUUGUGGCCUUGGUACAUGUCUGCCCAUGAUGGCGGUGUUUCACCCUGACAACCAGACCACAGUCAACCAGGACUGUGGGGUGUUAAUGCCCGACACCUUACCCGGUAAGGUCUACGAGGUCCUCUACCUGCUCUUUGCCGAUGUUCUACCAGGGCUACUCAUGAUCAAGUGCUGCAUCUCCAUCUCCGUCCACUUGGGCAUCCACCUGCGCCACAUGAAAGCCAGCACCAACGGAGCCCACGCGCCCAAGCUGGGCGCUCAGAUGAGGGUGAUCCGCAUGGCUUUGUCCCUGGUGGCUGUCUUCAUCCUCUUCCUCAUAAUUGACCUCUACGUCAACUACCAGAUCUCUGUGAACCACGAUAACAUCCUCAUACUCACGUUCUUCUUCACGUCCAUCUACACUACCGCCACUGCCAUGGUGCUGAUCUACGGGAAGAAGCCUUUUUGGAAAGCCCUCAUACAUGAAUUCAACGUCAGCAUGGAUGAAUAUCCGUGUUUGUCGUGUCUGAAGGUGCCUGAACAGAAGGCCAAAGCCAGCACAACCGCAAAGAUUAAAAACUGAGAGGCAAUCCGCUUCACGCUGGAGUUCUUUGAGCUGAAAUCAAUUUGUCAUUGUCUGGACUUAUUAAAAACUCUGCAGAAACUUAUUCUUUUAUCUUUUGUGUGAGCAAUUUCUGUAAUGACCGCUGUCCUGCUGUAUCACCAUAAAACUUCUUACAUCAAUGCAGUAGAUAAAAAAAAAGGGCUUCAGGAGCUGUUUAAGUGAUGCACAGAUAACAAUGGUCAGGUAACCUGCUUUCCAUCCAAAUCACUCACUGAUCCCACAAUUAUUAAUAUUUCAGUAGAACAAAUAAUAGUCAAGCCUGUAAAAUAGAUCCCCAAGCAUGGCUGCCUGGACAUGAUGCAACUCUGCACCCAUCUAAAAAUGUUAAAAAAUACAUGUGACUGUCGUGAGAGUACAGAGCAUAUUAAUAAAACAAGAAAGUACUCACAACCUGAAUCCCUCUUUUUGGUUUGCAUCACAGAGGUUUUAUGAGAUUUUUCUCGGGCAGGUUGCAGAGAUUUUAAGCUGCACAGAGGGACAAAAGCAGCCGAAAAACUGGAAGGAUGCCAGUCAAAACUCCUGCACUAGUUUGUGGAGAAAAAACAUAUACUUGAAGGGGAAAGGCGUUUAUAAUCUCAAUUUUGCUCCUGUGGAAGUGUUCAUUGAUCCUCAACAGAGGUGUGCAGGGCUGUGCUCGACAUCUCCCAGGUGUUAUUGUGUGUAGCUGCAGCUUUGUGCGUGUGGCUGUGGGUGAAGCUGGGCGUUCCUGACAGAGUGCACUCAGGCCGAGCAAACCUUCCCUGAGUAAAUAGAGGUUUACAGAAGUGCAGCAGACCUCUUUGCAAUGCUCCAUCAGUUCACACCCUCUGGCACCACCUAGUGAGGUUCAAAGUAGAGAUACAAUAGAGCGGCUAAUCCCUCUCCACACACCGCCCUGCUCCCUCCGGCUGUUAAAUGGACAAAGUAGGGAAGGGCAGCACUUCCUUUGAUGCAGGGGAAUUAAGUCGUACAGAGGCCUCAGUUUCCAUCGUGACUGUUCUUCUCUCUUCAAUUGAGGGAGCAGGUCGUGACAUGACAGCUGAAUAUUAUAAAAAAGUGGCAAGUGACGUUACAAAUCCUCACUCUAUGGAAUUAUAUCCUUGAUCUUUAUCCUUUUAGGAAAUGACAGCAUGGAUGUCCAAAACUUGUGAAAAAUGUGAACUACAAGGUCCUGCAAUCAACUAACCAAAGUGUUGAAGGAAUAUUGCUCCCCUAUAAGUCACACAUUAUCACAAUUUACUUUUUGGUUUAUAUAACGUUUUUAUCUACACUAUUGUGUUCAUGAUAGAGCCACGUUUCAUCGCUGUAGCUCGUUGAGGUGGAGCUAAUUGACUGUCACUACUGUGUAAACAGUUGGGUAGGUUAGUCCACUGGCUCCAAACAUGGGGCUCUGACCCCUCUGGAGGGUCACUAGACACAUCUUAGGAGUCAUGAAAUUCCUAAUGUGGUAAAAAAAAAGAAGAAGAAGAAGUCACAUAAUAAAUAAUU